UAUAAGUUGCAGUUUAUUUACUUUAAAUCUUCAUAUUUAAGCUUUGUCAUAUUUUUCUACUUUCCACUUUUAAACUAUUUUUCAUUAAAAAAAGAAAAGAAAAGCAAAAACAAAAAAGAAAGCAUAAAACUUAGUUUCUUUUCAAAUGAUUGAAAGCGGCACGGUUAGGUCAGCAAUUACGACUUCCGGCACUACUGCGUUCUGCCGUCCGGCACUACUGCGUUCUGCCGGCCGUUGGCUGGAGGGCGCUCGAGAGCCGGGAGCGGCGCGCCUGGGGCGGGAGGGGGCGACGAAAGGAGGAGGAAGUGGUCAGCAGCGCGGCGGGCGCCAGCGGGCGAGGAUGCUGCCCUGGCUGCUGUUCCGGACUGCGCGCAGGGCUGUCCUCGGGUCCGUGGAGACUGAGCUCUGCGAUUUGAAGUCAAUAAAGGAAAACUGUCACAAUUUUUGUACUGCUACUUCUAAGGCUGUCACUUAUAAGGAACUCAAAAACCUGUUGAAUUCCAAAAACAUUAUGCUAAUUGAUGUCAGAGAGACAUGGGAAAUUCUUGAAUACGGAAAAAUCCCAGGAUCUGUCAAUAUACCAUUGAAUGAGGUAAGUGAAGCUCUACAGAUGAACCCAAGAGACUUCAAAGAGAAGUACCAUGAAGUAAAGCCAUCCAAAUCYGAUAGUCUAGUGUUUUCUUGUUUAGCCGGAAGGAGAAGCAAAAAGGCUCUGGACACAGCAAUAUCUCUGGGCUUUCACAGGGCUCAACACUAUGCUGGAGGAUGGAAGGAAUGGGAAACCUAUGAAUUUUCAGAAAACAAAAAAGGAAAUUGAGUUUUGUAAUACAAAUUGGCUGUUUCCUUGUGCACCUGCAACCUGGAGUACUUCAAUGAGCAAAAGAAAAAUAUAUUUCUGGAAGCAGUUGGUUAAUUCUAAGGGGUAUUAUAUUUCAACAACUUGUGCAGUCUUUUUCUCAUCUGUAAAUUGAGAAUACCACUCCCCCCAUCCACUUUCAAGGGCUACUGAGGAUUAAGAAUAAUGUAUAUGACUUGCCAUGGAAAUAUGAGUUUGGAUUCUAGAAGUUAAUUUUUACUAAUUCAGGAUAGUUCAAUAUUAUUCUAAAAGACCAAGUUACCUGUAUUAGAUAUUACAUACCUGUAUUGCAUGUGACUAUUAAUGUUAGUAUAAGUUUUUUUCAUCAGAGAAGCUUUAAACUAAAAUACUAGAUUAAGAGGCAGACUUGACCUUAACAAAAAUAAAUAAAUAAAUAAAAAGAAUCUGGGGUCAAUUUGGGUAUGGUGGUACAUGGUCUAUAAUCCCAGCUACUGGGGAUGCUGAGGCAGGUAGAUGCCAAAUUCAAGGCCAGCGUAGGCUGUUUAGCUAGACCUUACUUUAAAAUAAAAUUUAAAAAAAAAAAAAAAGGCUGUGGACAUAGC